CAAGGCUGCACCGCUUAAGCAGUGUGGGACACCAAGCCAUCUCCUAAUUGAUGAAUUAAUCAUCCUUUCAAGCUUCUCAACCUUUUUCAGAGGGACCUCAUACACUGUCAGUGGCCACAUUAGUCGUGGCAAUAACCCAAACUGCAUGCACCAUAAUCUCAUCUUUCCUGGGAGCCCUGACCAGUCUAUGCUUGAAAUGCCUUGGAUCAUAUCUUGUCUCAAUCCCUCAAAUUGUGCUACAUCGCUGAGACUUGCGUCAUACCACCUUCCCAGACUCUUCGCUGGCUUCUCUAUCACUGUGGGAAUCACCUCCACAUUUAUAACAAAAUUUCUUAUCUACUACCUUUCCUUUAACAACUGAGAUACUCCUUUAUAAAUAAAGUUUGAUUUGCAACAACCUGUACCGUGCAUAUUAGUGUUUAACAACAUGGAGGAGAUGGAGCUUAGGACCUAUACUGUAGCCAGACACCAGGGAAAGCUCUACUUGCUUUGGAUUCACUUUUGAGGAACAGUUCCGCUGUCAAAAUUUAUGCUGUCUAUGGUUUAUGGUUGAGGGAAAAAUGGUUUUGGAAUUGGAUAGCGCUUCAACCAAUCUGAGCCAUUUUAUUGUAAACAAAUUAAACUCCACAGCGAUCCAAUGUUAUGUAUGACUACGCCAACUGAAACGAUGUGAUUGACCUGGUGGGUUGAUCCUGGAGCAUAAUCAGUUCCCAACAGAGCUACUCCAGACCAAUUUCCCAAAAGGAAGAAUGAGUGGGUGGAAAAGUUGGCCUAAGGCCUGUAUCACGAAGCGAGCUCAACUUACCUAGGCUUACUACCAACCUAUCCAGCUGAACUUAUCCACAAGAAUGACAAUCUGGAUAAGCGUUAUCACGGUGGUGGUUAUCAACUCGGUAACUCAACCCUGGUUUAUCUUAUUGUGAAUCAAGGAGCAAAGACUGAUUCUCCUAAAAUAUGAAGAAGAAAAAGUAAAUCUUAACGAAAAGUCAAACACUGUGGCUGCAUCGAAGAGACUCCAAAUGGCAUGACAAAGGAUUGCAGACUGCAUAAAUGCUAAAUUACACAUCAAUAGCUCAAUUAGUUUACAUUUAACGCCGCCAUGAAUCACAAUCACUGCGCUGCAUAGAUGAAUCGCGUGUAUGACAAUUGGAGUCAUUCCCAGAUGUGACCCCUCUGGAGUAAAUAGAACGAGGGAGCAAAUAAAAACCAAGCACAAAAACAUAAUUUUCUGGGGACAAAUGGCAAAAAUAUACUCCUUUUUGUGUGGUUAUCUCCUGGAAGAUACGUUCACGCAGUAACGCUCUUCUCGUGAUUUGGGCUCCAAUCUCAAUCGGGUUUUCAAUGAAAGGGCACGCCAAUCUUUCAUGAACAGCUGAUUGGCCGGUGGGUGGAACCUUUUAUCGGAUUCAGAUAAAUCCUGAAAGUAACCCUGACCCGAAGCAGGUUUGCCGUUUAGAGUAAAUUACCAUGGUGACGUAGCCCGAUAAGAAUUAAUCCAGUUUCGUGAUACCGGAAACCCAGGGAUAACCCUGAAGUUACCUCACUAUAUACGUAAUCCUGCUUCGUGAUAUAUCCCUGGUGGGACAUCUAAGGCUGUCAAUACAAAACAAUACUGAAUACCGCUAUUUUUGCCGUUAUUAUAUGAUUUUUUUAUAAUACCGGCAUGUGUAUUUGUUACGGCGUUCCGAACGCUGCGCCGCGACCAGUGACUGUUUUUACGCGACGCACUGAGUUUCCGGUCGGACCAUUUUCAUUAUAGCGCUUCCAAUGCGACUGCGUCUCUCUCUAGCCCUACUAUUAUUCUUUGGGUCAAUUUGACCCCAAUCAAUGUUCCCCAUUCAAAAAAUAACAGCAGAGGGAAAGUCAACUCACUGGUAAUAAUAAUGAUAAUGCAUUUUAUUUAUAGGCGCCUUUCAGGACGCUCAAGAUCACCUUACAGUAAAACAAUUAAAAGUACAUAAUAAAACAAUAAAAUAAAAAUGAAGCAAUAAUACAACAACAAUAAUAAAAGACAAUAAUAAAACAAUAAACAACAGUGAACAACGACGGAGAAAUAAGUCGGGGAGUAUAGGCCAGUCUGAACAGGUGUGUUUUGAGAUGUGAUUUGAAGGUUGACAGUGAUGCUAGACUCCGGAUGUGCUGUGGGAGUGUGUUCCAGAGCCGAGGGGCAGUUCAGUUAAAAGAUCUCAUUCAUUUAUUUAUGUUAGUCAACAAAUAAACAAAGUGUCUGACACAAAAACUUGGCCAACAAGUUUAUGUAAAUAAUUUAAUUGAGGGUAAAAUGUGUUAGUAAUAUUUGAGGAUAGUAGGAGGGUUAAUAUAUAUAAUCAAUGCUGCGUCUCUGUGAGUUGUGGUCAAGACGGAAAGCUUGCAGGAGAGCGAGAAGACCAUGAAAAAUGUGGAAGAACUUGUUCCAAAAAAGGUGACAUGUCAGUUCUGUGUGGGGUUUGUUUCAGGGUGAUCAGACGUCCCCGAUUUCUGGGGACGGUCACCCGAUUUUAUUGUUUUAUGAAUGAGGAAAAAUGUUGCGCACAGAUUACAGUAACGGUUAUUACGGUAGCCGGUCGCGCUGCUUGUCAUUACAGACAUAGUAGUUUAAACGUGUUUAAGCAGGGCUCUCAAGUACGCUCUCACGCCACACAUGACAUUUCUCAUGCCGAAAAAUCAUGAAACUCGCUGCACAUAGACUUUUAAAAGAUUAGUAAUCUAUGAAUAGAUUAGACGAAGGCAGGUUGCUCUGCUUAAUCUUCGACCAAUCAGAAAAUAUCAGCGGCCAAUCAGCCGAACAGAAUAUAAUAUUUGUCGUUGCCAGGUGAAAUAGGAGCGCCCUAACCACACCUUCCACAAAUGGGCAAGAAUGUGUACUCGUCAAAGGAGAUCUGGAAGUGGAAGUCCGUGAGUCAGCACUUAUUAUUAUUAUUAUUACGUAUUAUUAUUAUUAAUAAGUAUUGUUAUUUUCAAUAGUUGCUUAUUAAAGGCUAGGAACUAUGCAGGAUAUUUUCUUAUGAAUCAUGGUAGGUUAUCUUUAAACAAAUAACUGUGAUGUGGCUUGAAACUGAUUUAACUGUUACACAGGUUGUCCUUUGGAUGAAGCCAUUUCCAUCAAAACAACCUGAUUCAAACAUCAAUUAGGGUGGGAUGCAUCUUGACCAUUGCAGGAACUCAUUAUCUUUGUUCUUAAACUGACAUUUCUUUAUCAUAUUGAUGCCCUGUAUUUUUUAUUUUAAAUUGUGUAGAGAGAGAUUAUUUGUAUAUUCCCGUGCCAUGCAUUCUCUUCUUCUCUCUAUUGAUGCAGCGCCUGCAUUCUGACGCCCCCAAGCGUAGAAACGCAGCGUUACAGCAUUGACCACGGUUUAAAAAGUGGAAGGAAACUCUGGAGGAGCUCGAAUGGAGGCACAAGUGCUAAAGUUAAUUUGCGAGGAUUUCCAAGGAGCUGUUGACACGGCUGAUUUGAUAUACAAUCUCUUCCCCGGAGAUUCCGACAGUGUGUCGAAUAUCAUUUCUAACUCAAAGAAUUUCGCUCUGUGUUGUCCUAAUGGACAGCCAAGGGUGGUGGCCAGGACGAGUCUCAGGCUGUGCUGGGUCAGAGAGUGCCCGGGGUCAUGCGGUACACUACACCUGUGCAGAAACUUCCUCUUCAGCGGCACUUGUCAUUUAACCAAGUCCAGGAAAGGCUGCAACUUCUCCCAUGAGCUGAACUCUGCCCACAAUCAAGAGCUACUGAGACGGCAUGGAUUGGAGAGUCUGGGCAGGGAAGCACUGUGCACACUGCUGCUGCAGAGCAAUAAAGCGCUACUUCCUUCUAUAUGCCAUGAUUACAACAAUGGUGAUGGAGAGUUCGGCCGGUGUAAGGAUGGUAAUAGCUGCAGCAGACUCCACGUCUGUGAGAAGUUUUUAAGCCGUGACUGCAACUGCUCCAGGAACCAUGAUUUUUCUGCUCAACAGCCGCUGAAAACCUUGCGUGAAAAAUACGUGCCUGCCACUCUCUUUCGCUCACUUAAGUCAGUUUAUGCAAAUAAAGAGGCUUUGAGGUUGGCUGACAAGAGUGGUAGGGGCCAAAGGGCCAACCGCCAACAGAAAACUGGUGAAGGUUCUGCUGAUGCUGACGACAGUGAUGCAAGCAGCGAUGCUGGUCUAGACCAAAGGCAGGGGUACAGAGGCAGAGGGAGAGGUGGUAUCCAGGGCAACAGAGGCAACAGAGGCAACAGGGGAAACAGGGGAAACAGGGGAAACAGGGGAAACCGAGGUAACAGGGGAAACAGAGGACGUGGAGGAAACCAGGGCAACCAGCCACCACACCAAAGAGCUUGUUCUGUUAGCGACAUUUUUGCUAACAUCGAUAAGUUAGAUCUGUACGGCACCGAACCGAGUGACGAUGACAGUCUGCAGCCAUACCCAAACACUUUCGUCUUUGGUGCUGCAAGCGACAUAGAUGGAGAUACCAGCAAUGGUCAGAGCAGGAAACAGGCAUCAUCUGCUGUCAGAGGUAGAGGCAGCAAUCGAGGCAACAGGGGCAACUAUCAACAGCUACAACGAUCCCGUUCCAUUAGCGACAUUCAUACCGCUGAAAAUGGUGACAACAGACCAAACAGAGGACAAAGGCCUGUCGGAGACAAAACAGAUAUAUGCAUGUACUUCAUCAAAGGAUACUGUAAGCAUGGGGAACAAUGCUUUAAAGCUCACGACAAGAUGCCAUACAGAUGGGAGGUGAAGGAGGGCGAUAAGUGGACGGCCUUGGCUGAGAAUGAGACAAUUGAGAAGGAAUACUGUGACCCCAAGAACUCCUACAGUACCAGCACCCCUCCUGUGCAUUUUGAUACCAUGACCUGUGGAUUUAACCAAGUACGCCGAAUCUCCACCAUUAACUCUUUGUUGGAACCGACCUUCAUCCACACCACUGAGUGGGUUUGGUACUGGCAGGAUGAGUUUGGAAAGUGGAACCUGUACGCAUCAGAAAUUGGUGGACACAAACCAGCAGACAUCACCAGUGCUCAGCUGGAGCAGAAGUUUCUGGACAACAAUAAAGAUGUGGUGGAGUUCAAGGCUGGAUCACAGACAUAUUCACUAAGUUUCCAAGACAUGAUACAAACAAACAAGCACUUUGGCACUAAGAGAGUCGUGUGUCGACGGCCUCGAUUCGUCUCUGCUGCAGACGUCCAAUCAAAGAGAGUCAGAAGACCCCUGAAUCAGUCAAUGUCUGCCCCUGUACCAGACCACUGGGACAAGAACCAGCUGCCUCCUACAGGAUUUUCGCGAAUCUCCCUCCAGCGCACCUCAGAUGAAUUUAAGGAGGUUGAGGCUCUUUUCUGUAAAACCAUGAGAGGCUUUGAUGUUGUCAAGAUUGAGAGGAUUCAGAACAAAGCUCUUUGGGAAGUCUAUCAGUGGCAGAAGAAUUUGAUGAAGACCAACAACAGCGGGCGCAAUGUGGCAGAAAAAAAGCUUUUUCAUGGCACUGACUCCAAAUACGUCGACGCCAUAUGCCACUCCAACUUUGACUGGAGAAUCUGCGGGAGCCACGGGACGGCUUUUGGCAAAGGUAGUUACUUUGCACGGGAUUCCAAAUACUCCCACAGCUACACUGGUGACACUGAUGUCAAGUCCAUGUUCAUCGCACGGGUGCUGGUAGGAGACUACACCUUGGGGUCCUCCGACUACCGGCGAGCUCCUUCUAAAGAUGGCGGUGACAUUAACUUCUAUGACAGCUGUGUAAAUGACAUGAUGAAUCCCUCUAUAUAUGUGGUUUUUGAGAAGCAUCAAAUCUACCCAGAGUACCUGCUGCAGUACAAGACCAUGCACCCACUUGUUGGCAUUUUGCAUUCACCGGCACCUCAACCAGUGCCAGCACCUAAACCAGCGGUGGCACCUCAACCAGUGCCGGCACCUAAACCAGCGGUGGUACCUAAACCGGCACCAGCACGUACUAGUGUGCCAACAACCCAACCCAACCCAAUCUCACAUCUACCCAGUCAUUAUCUCUCCAGCACAGCGUCAUUCCGAUCCAGCUCUUCCCUGGAUCCCUUAAGCAGUUCAUCUCGACCAGCCCGUUUCUCACCAAUAUAUUCACCACCACCACCACCACCGCCCAAGAAGCAAGAUUCCUGUGUCAUUUCUUAAUGACAACGAUCUUGAUCUAGUUCUUGCAGAAGCCUAUGGAUAUUUUGGUGAACUGGUUAAAUAUAGAAAUAAUAUCCAUUUAAAUUCGCCAAUACAUGGCAACGUUCCCAGAAGUGCUUUUUUACCUGUAGGGCAGAAUAGCACUAACAUUAUCAAUGACUCUUCUACAACACUAAAAAAAUAUGUGAAUGACAGCUGCUGUGUUUUACAGUAGCCAUCUCAGUUUCCAACCAAAAUAUCAAAAAAAGUCACUAAGUCACUUCGUUUUCCACUGCUGUUAAUACUAAACAGUUUGUGGCGCUACCUGCCCAGUCGGGUACAACCACGUUCUAUAUAACUCAAAUGUAAACAAUGUAGAUGGUUCGAAAGAAUGGUCGAUGCUGAAGUCACAAACUUCAAGUACAUUACGAUCAAUUCAUUGUGUCUGUUUCUAGGGCACUUUUGUCGCGCACCAAAAAACAAAAACAAAUAUGACGUCAAAUAAAUGACACAUAUAAAUAUGUGAGUUAUAGCUAGCCGUUAUACUAAAUAAUUAACACGAUACGGACGGUAAGGGUCAUCGUGUCAGAUUCUUACCAUAAAGUCUGACUUGGUACCCAAACAAUCAUAGCUUCCCGUUUAUCACCACAUACGCGGUGUCAACGGGAAGCAUUAAACCCUUUGGGUCGCACAAAGAUGACAACAUGGCAGUUUGUGAAACCUUAUCUUUCACUUUGCCAUGUUGUGCACUGAAGAGCACGUUGGAGUUGUCAUACAAUGUGCAAAAAAAUGUACAAAAACAUGCGAGGGCAACGACUGACCCUGCAUCGGUUUGUCUGCGGCUUUAAUAGCGGGACUCAGGGUUCAAUUGUUGUGACCCACCCUUUACCAACCAGUAGAGGGCGACAGAGUCCCGCGUUUCCUCUUGUCAUUAACCCGAAAGAAGUGUGAAUUAGACUGUGCCAUUUAGUCUCACACAGUGUUAAAUGUGUAGAGUUACUGAUUGUUUAAAUCUCCACAUGCAGAUUUUGAGCUCAGGGUUCUACUUGUUAAACUUUACAACUUCAUUACAAUGACAGGAAAUGCUUUUUAUUUCUAAACCUUAUCCAUUUUGUGGUUUUAGCGUUGCUAAUCGUUGCUGACUGAUCACUGCUCUCUUUUCCCAUUCAUGCUGUAUUCACAUUCAUAUAUUGCCUGGUUUCUCAGUGUUGGAGCUGCAGUCCCCUCUCUGUCUUCCUCGGUACAUCUCAUAAGUGAAUUGGAAACGCCAGUGGCAGUCGGUGCGGGCCUUUUAGUCAAAUGAGGCAAGUCAUGAAAAAUGAUCAAUAUGGCUGCCGGUGCUUCCUGUGACAUAAGACAUUAGGACUGCAAAUAAUCCCCAUCUCCAACGCUCUCCUCUCUACGUACACGCAUACACACAUGCGCGUACUCCAAAAACCACCUCCUGUAGAGUCCUGACAAACUGCAGUAUGGAUGUGAAUGUUUGCAUAUUGUGUUUGAAGAGAUUUCUCUGUAGUCAUGCACUGUGAUAAAUCACCCAGUACUGACUCAGCUUUGCCUUGUACCAUUUUAAUUAAAGCCAGUAAUUUGUUGUAAUUUGUUCUACUUGUUGGUACAUCACAGUGCAAAUGCAAAGAAUACAAAGAAAUGGUUGAAAUAAACUGGUUUAAAAAGUUGCAUUCACUUCUAAAUUAGUGUAUUAGAUACUUUUAGCUUAUUGUUUUGGAUUUUCUGCUCACUGGCUAUUUGUUUCUGCAAUUUUGUGCUCACAAAAUGUUCACCGUGUCCAGAUUAAAUGAAAGUUUUGAUUCCA